UCCUGGAGCAAUCUCACAGGGUGGCUCCAAUUUCCAUUUCAGUUCAAAUACUUUGCUCCCUCUUCUGAAGCUGCCAGACCUGCUCCUGCUGCUGCUCAGGGAGAGCAUCUGGGGAGUCACUUGUUGACCACGGAGAAGACGAUGAGCUCAAGCUAUUGGAGUGAGACCAGCAGCAGCAGCUGUGGGACCCAGCAACCCCUAGAGGUGCUGCAGUGCCAGCCCCAGCAUCACCGCUGCUACCAUCAGUCAAGCCAAGCCUGGCAGCCUCCAGAAAAAAAUGUAGUUUAUGAGCGAGUGAGAACCUACAGUGGGCCCAUGAACAAAGUGGUGCAGGCCUUGGACCCCAUCAGCUCCCAGGAAGUGCUCUCCCCUCUCAAAACCACCUCCUCCUGCCAAAAUUUGGUUUGGAGUGACCACUCACAGGAACUCCAUUCACCAACUCUGAAAAUAUCUACUUGUGUCCCAAGCACUCUACAUAUAACCCAGAAUACUGAACAGGAACUCCAUUCUCCAACGGUGAAAGUCACUACAUAUCCACAGACCACUAUUAGGAGAUAUAUAGUACAAAACCCUGAACAGGAACCACUGUCUCCAUUCCUAAGAGGAAGCCAUUUCAUCCCAGGAAACAAUGUCAUUUAUGAAAAAACAAUUAGAAAAGUGGAGAAGCUAAAUAUGGAUCAGGAAUGCUAUCCUCAGGUUCAGUGCCAUCAUCACAUUGUCCAAGAGCCUCAGAUCAUCCACUCUUCACACUGUCAACAAUCCCAUCCUAGCCAGCAAAUCCAAACCAUCAUGGGAAGUGAUUCAAUUUCUUCAAACAUUGGAAAUGAACUGUGCCAUGGUGGAUCAAACCAGAUACAUGAGCAGGUGAUAAUUCAGAAUGAUGGACCUGAAAAAUUGGACCCCAAAUAUUUUGGAGAAUUGCUUGCUGAUCUAAGCCGUAAGAAUACGGAUCUAUAUCACUGUUUAUUAGAACAUUUGCAGAGAAUUGGAGGAAGCAAACAGGACUUUGAGUCUACAGAUGAGCCAGAAGAUAUUGAAUCAUUGAUUCCUAAAGGAUUGUCAGAGUUUACAAAACAGCAAAUUCGCUAUAUUCUGCAGAUGAGGGGUAUGUCUGACAAGUCACUCCGACUAGUGCUGUCCACAUUCAGCAACAUACGGGAGGAGCUUGGACAUCUUCAAAAUGACUUGACAUCAUUGGAAAAUGACAAGAUAAGACUUGAGAAAGACUUGGCAUUCAAAGAAACUCAAAUAAAAGAGUAUGAAGGACUCUUGGCAUCAGUGAGAGCAAAUAAUCGCCAGCAGCAGCAAGGACUUCAAGACUCAAGCUCAAAAUGCCAGGCACUGGAAGAAAACAAUCUCUCUCUUCGACAUACACUGUCAGACAUAGAAUACAGACUAAAAGAACUGGAAUACUGUAAACGUAAUUUAGAGCAAGAGAAUAAAAAUCUUAGAAUGCAGGUUUCUGAGACUUGCACAGGCCCGAUGCUGCAGGCUAAAAUGGAUGAGAUUGGCAGCCAUUACAUGGAGAUGGUAAAGAACUUGAGAAUGGAGAAAGAUAGAGAAAUCUGCAAGCUAAGGUCCCAAUUAAACCAGUAUCAAAAAGAUGUUUCAAGAAGAGAAGGAAGUUGUAGUGACUUUCAAUUCAAGCUUCAUGAACUGACAAACUUGCUAGAAGAGAAGGAUUCCCUUAUAAAGCGUCAGUCAGAGGAACUCUCAAAGUUGAGACAAGAAAUAUAUUCAUCUCAUAACCAACCCUCCAGUGGUGGAAGGACUACUAUUACCACUAAAAAGUACAGGACACAAUAUCCAAUCCUAGGACUCCUAUAUGAUGACUAUGAAUAUAUACCACCAGGUCGUGACACACAGACUAUUGUGAUUGAGAAAACAGAAGAUAAAUGGACUUGUCCAUGAAUGAAUCUACUUUAACUCAAAGGAGGUUUUUUGUGUCUGCAUUAGUAGUUUGUUAUUUUCCAUCAUUAAAGGCCUUCAGAAUUUUGAACUAUGCAACUACCCAAUGAAUCUAAUGGAAUGAAUUAGUUCUGCAGAUGACAGUUUUCUAGCCAUUUUUAAGACCUAAAUCCUUUCUAUAACAUUUAUGUAUUCAAAAUGACAACAUACAAACUGAAAGAGGGACCUGCUUAUUUAAACUUCGAUUGCAGACGCUGUAGAACAUAACCAGCUGUUUCUCAGAUAGGGGGCUUCCUAGAUACUGAAAUAAUUUUUGAAGUAGAGAUUUUAAUAAGUUAUUCCAAAAGAAGAUUUUCUCUGAUUAUUAGAUGUGCAAUUCAGCUACAAGAUUAAAUACUGUUUUUAAAUAAAAAGAGGCAAAAGACGAUUGAAUUUUAAAAUCUAUAGUUUAACUAGUGCGUGAUAUAUACAGCUUUUAUUUGCUUUUCUCACAUUAAACCUCGUGACUAAAAGAGAUGCUUUAUUACAUGCUCUUUACAUCUCAUGAAGACAUAACUAACUCAAAGGUGAUGGUUAAUUUCAUUUAACAGGGAAGUGGGAUAAUAUCUUUCUAAAUAACUCAAUCCACUAAUUUGUAUAUUAUGCUAUUCUGGUUUUAAGUACAUAUCAGUGCCUUGGCAAAUCUGUUCCUUCAAAGCAUUUUCUCUUCAAAUGAGCCCACCCACUUCCUGAAAAACAUAUAACACUAUACCGUAUACUAGCGGGUGGAAAGAAGGUAGGCUUUUUCUUAGUGUAUACAAACUUAACAUUGAACUAUUGCAUAGAUAUAAAGGCCUAGGGAAUAAAAAAUGGCAACGACAAAUACUAGAUACCUGUAUCCUACUUAGGAGAAAUGUUUUAGGGUAAAAUAUUUAAUGUACCUAGAAGCUGAUUGUUUAAUUGGGCUCUAAUAACCUUACAAAGUGAAGAGAGUAUUUCUUAAAUACAAGAAUGAAACUUCUUAAUUUCAACCCAUCUGGCUAAGCUAAGUAGCAGCAAAAAAUUAAAAUGUUGCAUUUGUCAAAUUAUAGAUUAAGUCAACAAAUAUAUUUGGGUUACAUGUGAAUGCAGUUUUACAUUGAAAUAUCUCUGCAAAUAUCUGUUUAAAAUUCUGUCAUACCGCAUAAUUAUAUUCUAAUAAUUAUUCAUUAUACUAAGAAACUGUUAAGAUUAAAAACAGAUAAGGCAAUAUAUUAAGUGAAACCAUAAAUGAGGAGAAAAUGCUUUUAAUACUGUUUUAUGGAAAAAUUUGAAUACGUCUCAAUAAGAAGCUUAAAAACUUUGUUUUUAAGAUAAAAUGUUAAGCUCUGUAAUGUGAAUUGAAACAAUUCCAAAUUUAUCAAUAUUUUGUGAUAGAUAAUGUUAAUAUUCUUCAUGGCUAUAUAGUCCUACGUUUUUUUCCUUGAUGUAGGAACAACAGAGCAGUUUCUCCUCUACUAACUAUUCAUAUAUGUAACUGUAACAAGUGUAUUAUGUUAUCCAGCCAUUAAAAUAAUAUAAGGGGAAGUUUUUAUUAGUUUGAUAGAAAGCUGCCAUCAUUACUGUUCGAAAAUGAGAACAGGUGUGAUUUUUUCAAAAUACUCAAAAAUAACAGUGUCCAAACUUGGGGGGCAGUUAAG